CUCAUCUACAUCUUGGAUGACCUGAGGUCAUGUCUUCGGGAUUGUGAGACACUGGACAGCGAAGACCUUGCACAGCAAAGCACUUCAGAGAACUUGUUGCUGGGAGCCUACAGCUGGUCAGCGGUCAAAGAUGGAACAGUUCAGAUGGAAAGGAUGGAGUAGAAUCCUAUGGGUUUUCGUCUUGAAUUUUUCAGGUUUGGUGUCAGUCGAGGGGUCUGGUCGCUGUAGUCUGUUUAGCCGGAAGCAUAUACACACAUUUGACGGUGUGAUUUAUGAGUUCCCUGGAGACUGCAGCUACAUGCUGGCGGGAGACUGCCAACACAGAAGCUUCUCCAUACUGGGUGAUUUCUCUCAUGGAAAGAGGAAAGGAGUGACUUUAUUUCUGGGAGAAUUCUUCGAGCUUCACCUCUCUGUUGAUGGGACACUGUCACAAGGCGCAGAGAGGCUCCCAUUGCCGUAUGCAUCAAGCUCUGUGUUUGCAGGGUAUGAGCUGGGGUAUGUUCGUUUAUGGAGCGAAGAGUUCGGGUUCUCCAUCCGUAUAGAUUCCUCGCAUAACAUUCAACUAAUGCUUGCCAAGCAGCACAGCAACCGUACGUGUGGCCUGUGUGGAAACUACAAUUAUUUGGUGGAGGAUGAAUACACUGCACAAGAAGGUUUUCUGACAGAUGAUCCAUAUGACUUUGCAAACUCCUGGGCCAUGAAAGGAGCAGAUGAAACCUGUAAACGCAUCUUGCCCCCGUCUCAGAGCUGCAACAGCACCGGAGAAUCAGCUAAAGAUCAGAUGUCACGGUGUGAAGCCAUGAGCAGCUCUACGCUCUACCUGCGUUGUGCUCACCUCAUGGAUGCGGCUGCGUUUGUGUCCGUGUGCGAGUCUGAUGCCUGUCACUGCAGUACGGGAGAUGACUGCGUGUGCCAGGCCAUGCUGGAAUACGCCCGUACCUGUGCCAGUCGCGGCAUAACACUGUCCAACUGGCAUUUACAGAGCCAGUGCUCCCCUAAGUGUCCUAUUGGCAUGGAGUACAGCGACUGCACCCCGACCUGUUCCACUUCCUGUCAGAAUAUAAACAUCCAGGAAGUCUGCAAGGAGGAGUGUGUCGACGGCUGCAACUGUCCAGCGGGUAAGGUGCUGGAUGGAGAUCGUUGUGUUGAUGUCUCUCAAUGCUCCUGCAUGCAUGCGGGACACCGAUACCCUCCUGCUUCCUCCAUAUCGCAGGACUGCAACACAUGCGUCUGUCGCCAUGGAUCAUGGGAAUGUACCAAUGAAGAAUGCCCUGGGGAGUGUCUGGUGACAGGACAGUCCCAUUAUAAGACCUUUGACAAUAAGUUCUUCACCUUCAGUGGUAUUUGUCAAUAUCUGCUGGCUAAAGACUGUCAGAGCAACUCUUUUUCUGUCAUCAUUGAGACUGCACAGUGUGCUGAUGACCAAGAUGCCGUCUGCACACGAUCAAUUACACUGAGGUUCCAUGAUCUGCCCAAUCAGACGGUUCGCCUCAAGCAUGGGGGUGUGGUCUCUGUGGAUGGAAUGGACGUGAAGACACCCCUAAUUAAUGGUGCAUUAAGAGUUCAGAAUACUGUGUUGUCAUCUGUGAGACUGCUUUAUGGUGACGAUCUACAUCUGGAUUGGGAUGGCAGAGGACGUGUUUUGCUCAGACUAAACCCAGCCUAUGCUGGGAAAACGUGCGGUCUGUGCGGUAAUUAUAAUGGUAACCAAGGAGAUGACUUCUUAACAGUGGGAGGGCUGGUGGAGACACGCGUCGAAGGAUUCGGCAACGCAUGGAAGAUGAACGCAGACUGUGACAAUGUUCAAUUGCAACCCUCAGAUCCCUGUAUUUUAAACCCUAAGAGAGUACGUUUUGCAGAAGAGGCCUGUGCUGUGCUGCUUUCUAUGAAGUUUGUGCCCUGCCACUAUGUGGUCAACCCUGAGCCAUAUGUAAAGAACUGCCGCUAUGACGUCUGCUCCUGCGCAGACGGCCAAGUUUGUCUGUGUGAUGCUGUUCGUAGCUAUGCAGCCGCCUGCGCAGCCAAGGGAGUGCUAAUCAACUGGAGGGGACAUGGAUACUGUGAACUGACCUGUCCGGAUGACCAGGUGUAUGAGGUGUGUGGGAGUGUGUGUAAUCAGACGUGCCGCUCUCUGUCGCUGCCUGACGGUGAUUGUGGUGGCUUCUGUGAGGAAGGCUGUUUCUGCCCCAGAGGACUCUUCCUCAGCGACGCGGGCGAGUGUGUGCCCCCCGAACACUGCUCGUGCCACCAUAACGGAGAGAUCUUUGAGCCUAACGACAUGAUUGGGGACCAUCACUCCAUCUGUGUAUGCGAGAGUGGAUCCAUGCAAUGCACUUCUAAUGAAGCCACUGGAUCUACUCUGUCUGACCUCUUCUUUGACGAACAUUCUUCUUCAAGAGGGCGGCGCUCUAUCACUUGUCCCCCUCCACUGCAGCGGUUUGAGUGUGAGAGUGUGAGGGAUGCUGGGAUAGAGUGUGCCAAGACCUGCCAGAAUCUGGACCUGGAGUGUGUCAGUCAGGGAUGUGUGUCUGGCUGUAUGUGUCCACUUGGAAUGGUUCGACACAAAAAAGAAUGCAUUCCCCAAGACCAGUGCCCUUGUUACCAUAACAACCGUCCCUAUGCCUCAGGACAGAGCAUUAAUGUGGACUGCAACACCUGUGUUUGUGAGAAGCGUCAGUGGAAGUGUACGCAGCGUGUGUGUGACGGUGUGUGUCGUGUGAUAGGAGAGACACACUACAUCAGCUUUGAUGGACUCAAGUUCUCGUUUCCUGGACCUUGCCAAUACGUGCUAUCUCAGGAUUACUGUAACGGGGUGGACGGCACGUUUAGGGUUCUGGUGGAGAACUCUGCUUGUGGGAUCGCAGGCUACCGCUGCAGUAAAAGCAUCACAGUGUUGUACAUGGGAGGACUGAUUGUCAUGGAACACAACGAGGUGAGGAUGAAGAGGCCUGUGUUGAAAGAGACAGCGGUUGAGAUUGUGCGCUCGGGACAGUAUUACAUCAUCCUUCUGGGUAAACACAUCUCCAUCACCUGGGACACAGGAACCCGAAUCUCACUGCAGAUCAAUGGACAGUACAGGGGGAAAGUCUGUGGCCUUUGUGGAAAUUUUGAUGCCAUUCAGAAUAAUGACCUGUUGAGCAGCAGUAAUCAGAUGGAGGUGGACGCUGCAGACUUUGGAAACUCGUGGAAAGUUCGACCCAGCUGUGCUGACGCUGUUCCGGUUGUGUCUCAGUGCAGCACAGACAUGGUGAAGCUGGUGACGGUGGAGCAGUCCUGCCGUGUGCUCACCAGCACCAUUUUCAGGGAGUGCAAUAGUGUGGUGGACCCUGAGCCGUACUGGGACAUCUGUACUCAUGACACAUGCUCGUGUCCGUCUGUGGGUGAUUGUGCAUGUUUCUGUAACACUAUUGCCGCCUAUGCUCACGAGUGUGCUCAGAAGGGACUGGUGGUGAACUGGAGGUCCAACGACUUGUGCCCACUGAGCUGUGAGGAGUUGAAUAAGGACGCAGGGGUGGAGUGUGAGUGGAGAUAUAACACCUGUGGAAGCGCUUGCCCUCCCACCUGCCAGCACCCUGAGCCUCUGAGCUGUCCCAUCACAUGUGUGGAGGGAUGCCAUGCUGUCUGCUCACCAGGGCAAGUUUUAGAUGAGGUGCUGAGGAAGUGUGUGGAAGCGUCACAGUGUCAGGUGUGCAUGCAUGACGGAGAGAGAAUCUCCCAUGGAAAACAGUUCAUCCUUAACCAUGACGAUCCUCAUCUCUGCCAGAUAUGUCACUGUGAGAGCAACACGUUGACGUGCGGCCCAUGUCCUGUAACUGGUUUCGCCUCCACACUAACACCAACCACCGUCAGCAACACCCCGACGCCGCUCCCGUUUUCCACCCCGGUGCCUGCCGAUGCCUGCGACAGAGCGAUGGACCUGGCCUUCCUCGUGGACGGCUCCUCUGCUCUGAGUGAAGAAGACUUCGGCUUGGUCAAGCUCUUCAUCCUCCGUGUGGUGGAGCGCUUCCGCAUGGGUUCGGCCCAUACUCGCGCCACGGUCCUGCUCUUCCACUCCGGCGUGAAAAGUUACGACAUGCAGGUGCAGAAGUGGAUCUUCAAGAAGAUGGUGCGUGAUCUGCGUUACAGCGGAGGUGAUGUUGCGUUUAUGGAUGAGGCCAUAAAAUAUCUAGCUGUCUACAUUUACGAUAAAAACAAGCGUGAGCAUGCGGGCCGCGUCGCUAUCUUGCUGACGGCGAGUGCAAAUCCUCGGCCCAUGCGUAGUACUCAGCGUCUGCUGCGUAAAAAAGACAUCACCAUCCUCACGGUGGCUCUAGGGCCUGACGUCAACAUGGCACAGGUUAAUGAGAUCACGAAAGCCACACCCAGCAGUCGCUCAUACGUGGUGAGCAGCGUGUCGGAGCUGGACGAUGAAGCUCUGGCCAUCACGGACUACCUCUGCACUUUGGGAUUGGAUCCUGAACCCCCAAAGAAACCCUCUACUACAAAGCCCAGCACCACUUCAGUCACUCCAACAACUACCGCCACCUCUAAACUCACUACCGCCACGAUUCCGCCAACCGCUGCCAUUGUAAACACAUUUCCCAGCAUCCCCAGCCCUGGAACAACAUUUCCUCCAACCACAGUAACAACAUACGAGGUCGUCUUCCUGUUGGAAAGCUCAGAUGCAGUUGGCGAGGAGGGCUUCAAUAAAACACGUGAUGCUUUGGUUGAUGUCGUUGCUUCGCUUGAUCAAAAAGAGGUGGAGAAUCUACGGAUCACAGUGGUGCAGUACUCCUUCACGGUUACUGUGGUAAUCAGCCGCAUGGAAUUGCAGCACAGGGAGCAGGUGUUGCAAAGAAUGCGACAAUUACGUUGGACCAAAGGUGCGGAGGUCAACACAGGCCACGCCAUUCGUUCUGUGUAUGAGACUGUCACUACAGACACACCCAGUAAUACGCCAGACCAGAUGGUGUUUCUCAUCACACAGAGCCCUCCGACGGACGUCAUUCAGCGGCCUCCGAGCUCGGCUCAUAAAAAAGUGUAUCCGAUUGGGAUCGGCCAACAGAUUCGAUAUGAGGAUCUGGUGCAGUUGAGCUUCCCGGAUGAACCGAUCAUGCUGGAUAAUCCUUCGGAUCUUAAGAGACUGCGGCCCAUGCUGAUCAAUAUCAGUAAAACCAUCAGAAGGCCUGUGCUGCCUACACUGCCACCCAGAGCCACGCUGCCCCCUUCAGUGCCAUGUUCAAAGCCCAUGGACGUGCUGUUCCUGCUAAGAGCCUCUUCUGAUAACCAGUUUGAAGACUUCAAAACAUUUGUGAGAACCUUUAUAAAGGGCACAAAUAUCGGUACGUCUCAAUAGGUGGUGACUGACAGGUCAAUAGACUCCGUGCAAGAGGCAGCAAACGAGGCUCUGACCGCUGGUGUGUCAGUGUUUCCUAUUGGAGUGGGUAACCAGUAUGACCAGACUGAACUGAGCACGCUCGCGGGACGGCACGCUCAGGACAACAUCAUUCGGCUCAGCAGCACAGAGUACCUGCUCGCCAUGGCUGCACUCGACCAGUCGUUCACCGACAAACUCUGCAGGGCGGGUCCUCCUGGAGUGUGUGUGGAUGAUGAAGGGAAUGAACGGAAGCCCGGUGAGACGUGGUUGUUGCCAGACGGCUGUCACUCAGUGCUGUGCAACCCAUCAGGCACGGUAACGGUGCAGAGCCACCGCAUCAACUGUGAGAAGAUGGAGCCUCCCGUCUGCAAAAACAACCUCCCAGCCCUCCGCUACAAUCACACCUGCGGCUGUACCUGGACCUGUCCCUGUAGUUGCAUGGGCAGCUCCACUAGUCACGUUGUGUCAUUUUCGGGUGCGGCUCUAAAACUGAGAGCCGCUUGCUCCUAUUUGCUGCUUCGCUCAGGAGGGGUGGAGCUAGUGUUGCAUACAGCUGCCUGUCAAAGCUCACCCAAUCAGAUCUGCAUGAAGAGUCUGGAGCUGAGGAAGGGUGGAACGAGUGUGGUGCUACGGGAUGACAUGAAGGUGACUGUGGGCGGUGUGAUUACUGCAGUGCCAUUCAGAAGUGAGGGAGUGACUGUGACACAAAUUGGUGCAAUACUGCACCAGCUGAGAUCAGAGCAGCAUGGUUUCACACUCACCUUCACUCCUCACAGCAAUGAGUUCAUGGUCAAUAUGGACAUCACCAUGAAACCUAACACCACUGGCUUAUGUGGUUCCUGCUCUGAUGAUCAGGUGGGUCUGGUGUUAUCUGAUGGCAGUGUGACCACAGACCCUGACAUGUACCUGAAGGGAUGGGCUCUGGGCGAGUGUGUCCAGAAUCAGGAGGUUCAGUCGUGUGCUGCAGGUGUGGCGAAGGGCUGCGAUGUGUUAAGUUCUGAGGUGUUCAGCCACUGUCACGCACUGGUCCCCCCGCAGGACUAUGUGCAGAUCUGUCGGACCGUGGCCUGCCAGCCUAAUGCGGUGUGUGACCUUGUUACUGCGUACAGCAGCGUGUGCCGUCAACAGGGAGUGUGUGUGGACUGGAGGACGCCCACCCUCUGCCCCAUGUCAUGCUCAGACUCAAUGGAGUAUGCCGCUUGUCGAACCGGAUGUUUGGAGCAGUGUGGACGGAGCCAGUUUAGUCCUGGUGACAUGAUGGGUGAUGGUUUAAUGAAGGGCAAUGGAUCAGUGUGCUUGAAAACUCCCACAGAAGGCUGUUUCUGCCCUGAAGGGUUGGUGUUAAUGGGAGAUAAGUGUGUAAGCAAAGAAACCUGCAGCCAGUGUGUGGACCACCAUGGGAAAACUCACAAGUUUAUGGAAAGCUGGAAUCCUGAGGAAAACCCCUGUCUUCUGUGUGUGUGUCUGGAUCAGCAGCGCAUUAACUGCACAGCAUUACCCUGCACCAACUCUAAAGCCCCAGAGUGUGGACAAUGUGAGGUUCUUCGGGAGAAGACGGGAUCUAAGUGCUGCCCUGAAUAUGAGUGUGUGUGUGACCCGAACUGUAAGCAGUCAGAUCCCCCUCACUGCGAUCACGGGCUCAGUGUCGUCCUCACAAACCCUGGAGAUUGUCUGCCAGUUUACCAGUGUGUUUGCAAAAAGGAUCAGUGUCCUGUGACAACAAAACCAUCCUGCCCUGCAUACAAGAAGCUGUCGGUCACACCGUCAGAGUGCUGCGAUUCAUAUGAAUGUAUGUGCUACUGUCAGAACAUCACUCGCACCUGCCCCCCGGGUUACAUCAUGAAGACAACUGCCAAUGAUUGCAACUGCAUAGAGGUCACCUGCACGCCCAAUAAGGUGUGUGUGGUGGGCACUGUGGUCUACCAGGUGGGUAGCGGGUGGGAUGAGAAGUGUAAAACCUGCACCUGCACGGAGCAAGCAGACAGACAGACCGGCCUGCAUAUCGCUCAGUGUGUGGACCCCGUCUGCAACCAGAUCUGUCCUCUGGGAACCACAUACUCUCACUCAGAGGACGAGUGCUGCGGUCACUGCCGUAAAUCCAGCUGCGUGGAAGGAGUACGUUUGAGACAGGUGGGAGAGCAGUGGGUGUCUCAUGAUGAUGAGUCUUCAUUUCUAUGGAAACAGUCUCUAAAAAGGAUUGUCAGCCCUGGAUAUACGCUGGAGCCCAUACCUAAUGCUUGCUGUGGCCGUUGUGUAGCAACCGAAUGUAGCAUCCGACGACCUGACAGACAGCUGGUCACUCUGAAAGUAAUAAAUAUGUGCAGACAGAGUCAUGGCUUAAGAUCUGCAGCUUUGCUUGGAAGAACUGGUAAAAUAAGCCAGAUUGGAGACACCUGCUGUGAGAUGUGUACUGAGCCAGAAUGCAGAAGGACUGUGGGUUUGCUAAAUUACAUUAGAGUGGAUGACUGCCAAUCAGAAGAAAAGAUAGAACUCACUUACUGCGAGGGAAAGUGUGGCAGCAAGUCUAUGUACUCUCUGGACAAGCACAAGGUCGAGAGCGAGUGUGUGUGUUGCUCGGCUACAGGCACCGUGCCCAUGAAUGUUCCCCUGCGCUGCGCUAACGGCACACAAACACACCACCAAGUCCUUGCCGUCACUGGCUGCGACUGCAUGUCACACGCCUGUUCGACUGACUGAAAGCAGACACACCCACUUGAUAAAAUAACAUACAAGUGAAAAACUGCUCUAAUACACUUUCAUAUAUGCAUCUACAGCCAGUAUGUUGCUCAGUACAGUUUGCUCAGUGGAGUAACCGCUGAUAAUUGAGCACUUUAUCAUGCAUUUCUGUUUUUAUUUCAACAUAUAAACCAUUAAGACUCAUCAUUAAUCAAUAAACAAUCAUUCCUGAUUACUGCUUUCCCAUUUUGCCACUAAACAAUCUGUCUAUACAAAUAUAUUCUUGAUCGUGAACAACUAUUAUGUGUGGUUGUAGUUUAUGGGUGUUUAUAGACUGACCUACAAUAAAGAACAAGUACUCGACUUGUACCACUCGGUGGUGCU